AUGACAUCAGGUAGCCACCAAGCUCUUCACAUUCAGUCCCCCGAAAACGAGGUUGACGCUGGCAACGUCGUAUAUCGGAUGCACCCUAUAAGAAGCGACGCAAUACGUCGCUGGGCUAGCAAUGUUGAUCGUGAGCGAAACACGAGCUCCUGCGUGAGCAACGUCAAUUGCGGUGUUACGUGUACCGAUGUCAACCCCGGCACCCCACACAUGUCGAUAGAAGAGCCGAGCACGCCUAACGAGAUUGAGGCGAUGACCAUUUGCUCCUCAGAAGACGCAGAGGACAUACAAGAUCGUUUGAAUCGCACCUCCCACCUCAACAACCUCGCAAAUUCCAAUAUUUAUUCCCCAGGACCACCACACGUCCAUCCCUCAGCGUCCCCGAACAUUCAUACCCCAGAAUCGCAAUAUUUAUGCCGCCCCCACCCUCCAGUUCGACCCAAAGUUACCCGAAAGAUCAGUAUGUUCUCAGGAGCGAGUAAUAUCACGCUUUCUGGAGGAACUUUUACCAACUGUGGUGGCUCCGUGAAUGUCACUUAUACGUCCAACGGUGGUCGUACAAUCAAGAAUAUAGAUUCGUUCGGGAAUGUUAAUGUUACCCGAAUUGUAAAUUCUGGAACCGUGGUCAAUCCAGAGCGAGGUGGGAACCACGAAAACAAAACUCAUAUUGUUUUAGAAUCAAACGUAUUUUCGGGAAUCAAAGAUGCCGUGUUUACGGGAGGAAAUUUCACUCAUAGUCCCCAGUUCAAUGUCGUCCAAUAUGGGCAAAGCUCACCUGAUACAAUUAACGCCCGCCCUAAUGGCCUUCCUCCCCGCCAUCUCCGGGGUAGGUCUCCCCCUCCCCCUCCUUACAGCGCAAGAGAAUAG